UCUUAAUUGAACUACUUUCUCAACAAGUUUUUCAAAUUUGAGAGUAGGUUGAGAACUAGACUGAAGUUUUUAUUCAUGUUCGCCUUUUGUUUGUCUUGCAUUAGUGUUCAGUGAGGGAGUGAUGGAAAGACUUAUUGCGGCUUCUUUCGCAUUUGUUCUUUUAGGUUGUGUAGUCGUUGAAGCUAGAAGAGAUGGAAAGUUGGUGAGUAACAUGGACAAGGGAAAGGUUAAAGGGUUGGAGCACAGGCGUGCUCAAGAUAUUAUCAAUGCUGUAACUACAGAUAGUGGAUAUGGAAGACCCGGUCAUGGCGAUGGUGGUGGGGGAGUAGGCAAGGGUGGUAGUGGUUUUGGUGCAGGAGGGGGCUAUGGUGGUGGUGAUGGCAGCUAUGGCAUGGGCCAAGACGGAGGUUAUGGUUCAGGAGAUGGCUCCGGCUAUGGUGCAUAUGGUUCAGGUGAUGGCCGGUCUGGCAAUGGCGCUGGUUGUGGGGGAUCUGGCUCUGGUAGUGGGUCUGGCAAUGGAGCUGAUCAUGCUGGUGAUGUUCUGCCCAAACCUGGGUUGCCAUGCAGCGGUUGUGGAAGCAGGGAUGGAUCUGACUCCGGGUAUGGCCCUGGUGGUGGUCAUGGUGGAGGAUCAGGAGGAAGUGGAGAUGGGUAUGGCUCUGGUAGUAGUGGUGGAGGAUCAGGUGGCGGAGCCGAAGGUGGAAGUGGAGGAGGAUAUAGCCAUGGGGGCUAUGAUUCUGAAUCUUCGAAGGACAGUGUCCGCAACUAACUCCAUGGUUGCACUAAGAACUAUAAAUUCAGCGUUGUUUAUGUAGGGAAUAAGGAUGAGAACUGAAUAUUUCUGGGUUUAUAACGUUGGGUUUUCCAUCUUUCUUCAGUUUAAUCAAAUUUGGUGACUUCU